CCUGAGGAAGAGCUUGAUCCUGAAGAGAGGGACAACUUCCUCCAACAACUUUACAAGUUUAUGGAAGACAGAGGUACUCCUAUCAAUAAACCACCUGUUCUGGGCUACAAGGACCUUAAUCUCUUCCAACUUUUUAGGCUGGUGUAUCAGCAGGGUGGGUGUGACAAUAUUGAGAGUGGUGCUGUAUGGAAGCAAAUUUAUAUGGACCUUGGCAUUCCUAUUUUGAACUCGGCUGCUUCCUACAAUGUAAAAACUGCUUAUAGAAAGUAUCUUUAUGGUUUUGAAGAGUACUGCCGUUCUGCAAAUAUUCAGUUUAGGACUAUCCAUCACAAUGAACCAAAAGUAGUAGAAGACAUACAGAAACUUAUGGAACCAAUGGAGGAAAGUGUGAAAGAAGAACAAAAAAUGCCCCCAACAGAAGUUAAAAAAGAAGCAGAAGAAAAUUAUUCCAGCAGUGAAAGUGAAAAAGAAGAACCAGAACUAAGAUCCCCAAGGGGACGAAGAAGACUUACUCGUGAUGCAACCCCAGCUAAAAAAGAUAGCGAAGAGGAUAAAACACAAGACAAAUUAAAAGACAAUAACAAAGAAAACAAAGAUAUAGAGGAAAUGCCUGAGAAUGCAGAGAAGAAAGAAAAUGAAACUCCACUAGGGAGAAAAAGUACACCAAAGCAAAAAGAGAAAAAAAUUAAAAAACAGGAGGAUUCUGAUAAAGAGUCAGACGAAGAGGAAGAGAGGCAGAGGGAGAGGGAGGAAAUUGAGAACAAAGGAGAAUCAGAAGGUGAAGAGGAUGAGGAGGAUGCAGAACCCUGCCUGACUGGAACCAAAGUGAAAGUAAAAUAUGGACGUGGAAAGACUCAAAAAAUCUAUGAAGCCAGUAUUAAAAGCACAGAAAUUGAUGAUGGAGAAGUUUUAUAUUUAGUUCAUUACUAUGGUUGGAAUGUAAGAUACGAUGAGUGGGUGAAAGCGGAUCGGAUUAUCUGGCCUGUGGACAAAGGAGGACCAAAGAGAAAACAGAAGAAAAAAACAAAAAAUAAAGAAGACAGUGAGAAGGAUGAGAAGAAGGAUGAGGAGAAACAAAAAACAAAGCGCGGGCGACCCCCUCUGAAAUCUACUCUUCUAUCCAACGCAUCCUGCAGUUUAUCCAAAACGCCUAAUAGUGAAGGUAAAUCAGGAGCCAGAAGUGCACGGAACAACUUGUCAGAUUCCUCACCAUUACCAAAUGGAACAGAAGACUCUGGCUCUUCUGACAGUGAAGCAGAUGAAUCAUCUGAAAAGAAUUUGAAUGAAGAAUUUUGUCCAGAAACUUCAGAACUGGAAAAAAGUGAAAAGCUACAUGAUGAGAAGCUAGAUGAAGAAAACCCAAAGAUUCCUCAUGCAUUGAAAGAAAAUGACAGGACUCAAGUACAGCCACUAGAAACACUGAAACUGGAAGUCGAAGAAAGUGAACAAAUUGUUCAGACUUUUGGAAAUAAAACAGAACAAAUAGAAGAAGUCAAAAGGGAGGCUGAAAAAUCACCUAAAGGAAAAGGGAGAAGGAGCAAGACAAAAGAUCCUUCUUUAGAGAAUGCCAAGAUUUCACCAGGAAGCCAAGAAGAGGUGGCAAAUGAACCUCUUGCAGAACCUGAAAGAUUAGACAUGUCUUCCUUGGACUGUAAGGAAAUUUCCAGCACUACUGAAAGUGAAACAGAACCUUCUACAAAAGAUAAGAAGCUUUUGAAAAGGAAAACUUUAGAACAGGCAUCGCCUGAGAAGAGAAAUCGACGACAGAGUGAGAUGGAAGUGCCAAAUAUUGUAUCUGAAGAGAGGACCAAUGAAUGUACUGGAGCAGAAGAAUGUAGAGGGCUGAAUGCUGAAGAGUCCCUCAGAACGGAGAAUGAGGAGAUGCCAUCACUGGUGGCAGAAUCAGUUCAGCACACUCAAGAGCUGAGAAAUGAGAACUCUGAACGUCCUUCUGAAGAAAAUGAGAAUGUUCCCUUAAAAGAUGAGGAUGAUGCAAUGCCUCAGAUUGGUCCUGAAACACUGCUGUGCCAUGAAGUAGACUUGGAUGACUUGGAUGAAAAGGAGAAGAGCAGUAGUGAAGACAUCAUAUUGGAAAAGCCAGAUCCUAAUGCUUCAAAUCCAAAUCUAUCUGCCUUACCCGCUGCAGUCCAGUCAAGCUUUUCAGUGAUCUCACCUCUUACUCUGAGCCAGGAUGAAUCGCGCAGUAUCAAGAGUGAAAGUGACAUGACGAUCGAAGUCGACAGUGUGGCAGAAGAGUCUCAAGAAGGUCUCUGUGAAAGCGAGUCUGCUAAUGGAUUUGAAGCCAGUACUACAUCAAGCACCUGUAGUCUAUCUGUGCAAGAAAGAGAGAUUGGAGAGAAAGGUCAAAAAAGACCCAGUGAUAGCAAUAGCGGAACAUUGGCAAAAAAACAAAAGCGUACCCCAAAGCGAACAAGUGCUGCAGCCAAAAAUGAAAAGAAUGGAACAGGACAAAGUAGUGACAGUGAAGACCUUUCUGUCCUGGACAGUUCAAGUAAAUGUACUCCUGUAAAACAUAUAAAUGCAUCCAAACCACAGAAGAUUUCCCGAUCACCUGCAAGAGUGAUUUCGCCUCACAUCAAAGAUGGAGAGAAGGAUAAACACCGAGAAAAACACCACCACCAGAACGCUUCACCUAGAGUAUACAAAUGGAGUUUUCAGCUCAAUGAGCUGGACAAUAUGAGCAGCACUGAAAGGAUCUCCUUCUUACAAGAAAAACUACAGGAAAUACGAAAAUACUACAUGUCCUUGAAGUCAGAAGUAGCAACCAUAGACAGGAGAAGAAAACGAUUGAAAAAGAAGGACAGAGAAGUGUCACACACAGGAGCAUCCAUGUCAUCUGCUUCAUCAGACACUGGAAUGAGUCCAUCAUCAUCUUCUCCUCCACAAAACGUGCUUGCUGUAGAAUGCAGGUGAUGCACAUUUCUCUGCCUUGCCAGCAACUUGCUGCCAUGGACAUAAAUCCUGAAAUACAACCACAGAAAGCACUCAACUGCUUUGACAUUGCCAAGUAUAUUCUGUACACACUUCCACUGCUGGACUGUACCUGUUCUCCCCUCCUACCCUCUUUUUUUGUUUAAUUUACUGUUCAGAGAAAUUAAGCUCAUUGGUAACUGAAGGUUUGUAGGCACAAUGUGACAUGCUUGUCAUUGUGUUUGGUUUUGUUUUGUUUUUAUUAAUGCAGAGAAAGGGCACUUACCGAAUUUGAAAAGUUAUGUCCAAUGAAGCAUUCAGGUGUUCUAGGGAGAUCUUAGAAAAGCAAGUGCACCAAGCAGACAUCAGAGUAUUAUCAAAAAGAACUGAGUAACCGCUGCACUUUCGCCAAGCUGUAUGUUAACUCUUGGUGAGUAGUUCCUUUUUGUGGAAGCACUUGCUAUACAGAACUGCCAAAGUAUGUGUUCAGCAAUGUGCCCAGUUUUAAAGGUGUAAAUGGGACAAAAUAAAUUGUGAAAGGAAGUGUAGUUGACUGAAAACUACAGUUGUAAUAAGUCUUCCACUUUUUAUAGGAUUUUUGAGCACACAAUUAUGCAAAUAUUUUAAUGUUUAUUAAUGUUUACAGUGGAAUUGUGAAUAGGUUUUCAGUGGACUAUCUUAUCCCUUGACAAAAAUAUUUUGUCUUUUUUCUAUGUAAUUUCAGAGUUUUUAUUUUGUUACAAAAAGACGAAAAAUGAAAUAUAUAACAACAGUGAAGUUAUUUAACAAGAUUUCUAAAGCUGAAAUUUUUGUGUAAAAUAAGGUAUCUUGCAACUUGUUAAAUAUAUUUAUUCAGACAUUGGAUGUUGUAUUUUUAUGUAUUUUUUAAAAUAUUAAUAAAAUUGGAAAA